AUGAGUUGGCUUUGGAAUCCUUUUGGUUAUUUUUUUGGUGGCUCGACACAGGAACAAGAACCGAAUCAAGAAGAAGCUAUUAAAAGUCUGCGAGAAUCAGAAAAAUUUAUGAAGAAGAAACAAGAGUAUUUAGAGAAAAAAGUGAUAGAGGUAAGUGUUAAUAAAUUGUUAACAAGGAAACCUUUUUUCACUUUUUUAGGAAAAAGCGAAUGCGAUAAAAUAUGGAAAACAAAAUAAUAAACGACUCGCAAUUCAAGCUUUGAAUCGAAUAAAUACAUUUGAGAAGGAAUUGAAUCACAUUGAUAAAGUAUUGGCGAACAUUGAAGCCAAUAAGUAUACUCUUGAAAAUGCAUCUUCAAACUCACAAAUGUUGAAAGGAUUUAUGACAGCCAACAAAGCUUUGACUUCUGCUAACAAUAACAUGAAUGCUGCGCAAGUUUGUAUUUUUUCAGUUCAACGUAGAUGUUUUAAAAUUAUUAUUUCGGAAAAAAAUCAGAAAAGUAUAAGACUUUCUUUCAAUGAUAAAGUCCUAGGUGGACAAAAUUAAGAAUUCUGAUUUUCUAAAAUCCUUUAAAAUUCUCUAUUUUAGGUAGAUGAAUUGAUGGAUGAUCUUUCUGAACAACAAGGAAUUGCAAAUCAAAUAGCAGAAGCUAUUUCAAGUCCAAUUGGAUGUUAUACGGAUUUUGAUGAUGAGGAACUCGCAAAACAAUUGAAAGAUUUGGAACAAGAAAAACAAGAACAAGUCACACUUCCUGAUGCUCCACGAGUUCCACUUCCAUUUGUUCCAGCCAAAGUUGCUAAUAAAGAAUUAGAAGAACUCGAAAGUUGGGCUAAUGCUUCUUGA